UCUAACGACCAACCAUGCCUGAUCCAGUCAAAGCCCCGAAGAAAGGCUCCAAGAAAGCCGUGUCUAAAGCCACCAAGACCGGCAAGAAGAAGAGAAAGACCCGCAAGGAGAGCUACGCCAUCUAUGUGUACAAGGUGCUGAAGCAGGUCCACCCCGACACCGGCAUCUCCUCCAAGGCCAUGGGCAUCAUGAACUCCUUUGUGGGGGACAUCUUUGAGCGUAUUGCCGGUGAGGCUUCCCGCCUUGCCCACUACAACAAGCGCUCCACCAUCACCUCCAGGGAGAUCCAGACCGCCGUCCGCCUGCUGCUGCCCGGUGAGCUGGCCAAACACGCCGUGUCUGAGGGCACCAAGGCCGUCACCAAGUACACCAGCUCCAAGUAAACUCGCUGGCUGUACCAUCAACUCAAAGGUCCUUUUCAGGACCACCCACACCUUCACCUGAGAGCUUUAAUCCUUCAUGUGUUUGAUCUUCAAUGUUUAACGUUGUAAUUGUAUUAUAAAAUAUGUAAAUUAGUUUUUUUUUUUUUUUUUAAACGAAGCAUGUUAUAAAUGUGUUGCAGUAGCGAUGUGGAGCUCAAAAGUCAACAUUUUAUGACACUUUAUUUGUAGACUUCAAUAAUGUCCAGUAUUAUGUGGUUUUAUUGGAAUGGUAAAACCGUUUUUGUUGCUGUAUUUAAAUGUUCUGUAGAAUUUAUUCAGGGCAGAUAUUUGGUCAUAUUUGCACACUUCUGUAUGUUAAUGUUGGCAUUAAAUCUCCCAAUGACCACAGUAACGGGGACCAGUGAAAAGACUGACUGGAGUCCAUGCAACUAAAUAUGGAUGCAGUUCAUAUUUUGGCCACAGGGUGUCGCUGCUGCUACACUGUAAAGGUCGCAUAUAAUACUUCAGAUGUGCUGCUGACAAGAAAUCACAAUCAACGUUAAUUUUUACAACACAAUGAAUAAACGACAAAUAAAUCUGA